AUGGAAUCAUACGAUUGUGAGAGUAAGAAAGUUGCAGCAUUGGCAAGAAGAAGGAGGAAACAAAUUCUCAGUGAAAGAAGAUUGAAAAGAAGUAGAGUUGGUGAUAAAGAAUUGGAUUUUGAAGUAUGUUUCAGUAGGAACUAUCAUCCAUCCAUUGACAACAUCAGAACACCACUUUCUAACAUCACUUCUUCAGUGAUUAAUCAAAGGAGUCACAACUUAAAUGCACAUCCAGCAGAGCUUCUAAGGUCAUCAACAACGAGUAGAAACGUCAGUGUCAAUAAGUUUCAGAAUCAAAGUCAACGUAAUGCUUAUAAACUGAAGUCAAAUACAACAACACCCAAAGUUGGUUCAUGCAGCUCGAAUUCAACAUGUACUAUGGAUACCAUGUCCCCUAACCUAGUAGCUGCGACAUCAUAUCAACGAAGAAAGACAAUUAUUCAACCAAAUACGCCAAGGCUGAGCAGACACCAUGCUUUCAAUUCGCCUGUCAGCCUCGAUGCAAACACACCUUCAAGUGGUACAACAUCUUCCUUUGCUAAUCAAGUCUUCAAAGACGUUGAUACACAUCAAAGUGGAUUAGUAGUUUCAUCCAGAAGACAAUUGAAUGUUGGUGUUUCUUCAUCCACAAGCAAUAUUCACCGCAACACAAGUGUUAAUAACGAAGCAGAUGAAACCGUUGAAGAUGGAACAACUGAUGAAUCAAUAUCUGAUAGUGAUUGUGAGUUCAUAAAUGCAAAUCCUGACUAUGACACAUCAUCAACUCUUGAUGAUGAAGAAACCAUAGAACCAAACUAUACGCCGCAAAAUGUGAAAGAUUCUGACAGUAUAACCUAUCAGCAGUAUUGUAGAUUGUACAACAUUAUGUUUGCCUUUACGUCACCCGAAAUGAAGUUUGACAAUAGAUACCAAUCGGCAGGAGGACCGCCUAACAUAAGGAUACAUGGACAAACUUGCCAUAGAAUUGGGAGCAUGCUCCAUUUGGAUGAAGAAACACCAAAAUUUGCACAACUUUAUAUUUAUGACACUGAUAAUGAAAUCCAUCAUAGAAUGAAAGGAAUAGGUCAUAAUCCUAAUGUGAAUCCAGAAACGGUUGAAAAAUUGAAACUUAUGCUUGAUGAGUUCAACACGCAUGCUAAAACAUUCAGGAUGGCAGAAGCUCGACUAAAAGAUUCUCAUGUACCCGAUCUAAAACUGAAAUUAAUCGCCAAUCGAUCCAAGGACGGAAGAGUUUAUAAUCCACCGACAUUUUCCGAAGUUGCCGCACUUAUCGUUGGUGAUGUUGAUACAGGUUCUAAGAGACAUAUUAUACUUGAGAGACAAAGUGGGAGGCUGAAAAGGAUAAGUGAGUUUCAUCCAAGUUAUCUUGCUUUACAAUAUCCACUUUUGUUUCCAUAUGGCGAAGAUGGUUUUAGAAUUGGUAUUCUACACAGGGAAACAAAAGCAAAGAAAAAUAAGAAUAAACUUACUAUCAAAGAAUGGCUUACGUUUCGGAUUCAAACCAGACCAACCGAAGCACACACACUUUUGAUGUCCAGGAGGCUUUUUCAGCAAUUUUUGGUUGAUGGUUUCACCAUGAUGGAGUCUCAUAGGUUGAAUUACAUACGCAAGCACCAGAAAAAACUAAGAGUUUCAAAGUACAAAAAUUUGAACGGUCCAGAACAAGAUCAAAACACUCAAGGAGCAAACAAGGGUAAGAGGGUUGUUUUACCAUCAACUUAUGUUGGAAGUCGAAGAUACAUGGAACAAUUGUAUUUUUAUGGAAUGGCUAUUUGUAGCCAUAUUGGUUUUCCUGACCUUUUUAUCACAUUUACAUGCAAUCCAAUGAGGCCCGAAGUCAAAAGACUGCUUCACACAAUGAGGUUGCAGCCCCAUGAUCGUCCCGACAUUAUAUCAAGAGUUUUUAAAAUUAAGUUGGAUGAGUUGUUGUUUGAUUUGACUAAGAAGCAUGUCUUAGGGAGAGUGGUUGCAUGUAAGUUAUAUUAUUAA